AAAUCGUUUGAAUCAGAAGAUAAGAUAUAUUCGUUUUGCACAAAUUCGACCAAUUUUACAAUAGUGGUGAUUACAAAAAAGAAAAACUCAACUGUUGUGCUAUAUUUAUAAACGCAAUUAAAUAUUUAGGCAUCUUUGCAAUACAGUUACAUUUGUAAUACCUCCUGAAUUUUGUACAUUCAUUGAAAAUUUGCUCGGAUCAUAAGCUCGAAAUGCAACAAUUUGUUGCCUAUUUAUAGCUGCAAUAAGCAAACGAACUUUCUUUCAGUUUGUUUAAACCUUCCUAUACUGUACAACAGACAACAGACAAAAAACAUCUCCCAGGACGUUAAUUUAUGUGCCAAAUAGUUACUAAUUGAAGAAAGCAUCGUACUUAGAUUCGUGUCCUGAUCCCACCAACGAAAUGCAGGAGAACGGUCUAAACGAGUUGAACUUGGCAUCCAUAUCAACCGGAACUAGUGUAGGAACUGGUAAUGGCCCCAGGCAUGCAUUUACUGAGAAUGACGAGGACGCGAAUAUGACCCCAUUUUUGAGUGGUGUUACAAACAACGAAGAUGAAGAUAGCCAAUUUGGGGACGAAUCUGCACAAGGAAUGGCGCUCGAGGAGAGGGAUAAAAUAAUUCGGGAGUUGCAGAAAAUCCCUGCCAAAUAUUUCUCCGAGGCAAAGCAGCAAUGGAAGGAUUGGAGUGCCGUGAAGAGGAAUCGCUUUAAUGAAGCCGUCCCCAAAGUGAACCUUAUUCUUGGACAAAUUUUUAUAUAACUCGGAUUAACCCUUAUAUUACAAUGGGAAGGAUUCAUCAACAUACAUACAUAUGCGGUCAAUUAAUAUUUGGCUUCGGAAAUUGAUAUAUAACACAUUUAAUUUUAUUAACUUUAUUUUGAAAACUCGAUUUACAUUUUGGAAACCUGGACAAUUUACAAAAUUAUAAUUUCAGAAAUUAAACACAUUGAAAUUUUA